CAGUGGCAUACCCCGGGUUCUCUGUGGCCUCCGAUGUGUCGGAAGUCGCCCAUUUGAGUCCUAGAGAUGAUAGGUUGCUGGAACCACGACCUCCAGGACCUCCUGGAGCACCUGGAAUAUGCUCCUGCAAUAUUUCCCAAAUGCUCAACACCUACUCAGACAUUCUAGAGCCUUACUUGCGGUAUGCGGGAAGUUUCGACGCCCAAGGAAUAGAAGUUAUUCCCGGGAGUAAAGGUGAGCGUGGAGAACAGGGACCUAGAGGACCCAUGGGACCGCAGGGAAUGAAAGGAGAACCUGGAGAAAGAGGUCUUCCAGGACUCCAAGGAGAGCCGGGACCACCAGGACCUGUCGGUGGAUACAGCCAGGAUUCGGCAUGGAGGACGUGGUCGCUACACAAAGAGGAAGACCAAGAUCUAUCCUCCACUCGGCCAAGAAGUUUGGGAUGGAAAGAGAGUUCACAAAGUCCUGGUGUUUCUUGGACCAAAGGUGAUCAGGGAUUGCCCGGGGACAAAGGAGAAAGUGGAAUCAAAGGAGUCAAAGGAGAUCAAGGUUAUGUAGGAAUUCAAGGUGUAAAAGGUGAGCCAGGAGUUCCAGGAAUGGACGGUAUUCCUGGACUUCCUGGUGUAAAUGGAAAAUCUGGAAUAAAAGGCCAAAAAGGUGAGCCUGGUGCACGAGGACCGCCAGGACCUUCCACUUCCGGUUCUGGAAUAAACACUGUCUACGAAGAUGGGAACGUCGUAAAAGUGGCUAGAGGAGAGCCUGGUCACAAGGGUGAAAAAGGGGAAAAAGGUUCUUAUGGUGACAAAGGGGAUGAAGGAUCAAGAGGAUCUCCUGGACUUCCAGGCCCUAGAGGACCUCCUGGGCCUGAAGGAUCCAAGGGAGAUCCGGGUAAGCAGGGUCCCGUGGGUGCGACGGGUCCCCAAGGUUUGAAAGGGGACCGUGGACCUCCAGGGCCAGCUAUCGUAUCUGACCAGGGACUGGACUUUCUCACCAUCAAAGGAGAGAAGGGUGACUCAGGCAGAAGAGGGCGGCGAGGACGCCCAGGGCCUAUGGGACCUCCAGGUCUACCUUCCGUCAGCGAGGUCAUGUUGAAAGGAGAGAAGGGAGAAGCAGGGAGGGACGGCAGCCCAGGACCCCCAGGAGUGCCAGGGUUACCAGCUGGGAGCGGGGUUCGGUAUGUUCCAGUUCCGGGUCCCCCUGGUCCUCCAGGCCCACCAGGCCAACCAGGUACUGCAGCUGUCGUUGGCCAGAGAGGAAGGCAUGUUUACAAGCAGACAUCGUCUUUUGAUAGAUCAGAGCGCUUAAGCAGUUUAGAAGAAUUAAAAGCUCUGAACGAGCUGAAGCAACUGAAAGAAGAAAAACUAUACAAACCUUCCACCUCCUCAUACCACAGCAAAUUGAAUGAUACCAAGGUCGUACCAGGAGCAGUCACAUUCAAAACGAAAGCAGCCAUGUCUAGCAUGUCGUUGGUGAGUCCUGUGGGAACCCUCGCCUACAUCAUCGACGAGGAGGCACUCUUAGUGAGAGUGAGACAUGGGUGGCAAUAUAUCGCCUUGGGAUCUCUGGUGCCUGUGACUACGGAACUUCCCCCAACAACCACAACGGACCGUCGAGAACCAAUGUUUGAGCCGUCCAACCUCCUCAAUCUCCCUCCCAACAUGGACUCACAGCAGUCACAAAGAAGAAUGUUGAGGAUGGUGGCCCUAAACGAACCCUUCACCGGAGAUCUGAAGGGCCAAGCAGACUACCAGUGUUACAGACAGGCUAGAAGAGCCGGUCUCAGAAGCAAGUUCAGAGCAUUUCUCUCAUCAAGGGCGCAGAAUAUAGACUCCCUGGUUCGCUUCCCGGACAGAGUUCUACCAGUUGUCAACCUCAAGGGAGAUGUCCUCUUCAACUCCUGGCAGGAUAUGUUCAGUGGUGAUGGAGCAUACUUUCCACAACCCCCGAGAAUUUACAGCUUCAGCGGCAAAAACAUUAUGACCGACUUAUCCUGGCCCCACAAGUACAUCUGGCACGGGUCACAGGUGACAGGAGAGCGAGCGAUGGACCUCUACUGCGACGCCUGGGACUCGGACAGUCCGGACAGGACUGGACUCGCCUCCCCUCUUCUGCAGCAGAGACUGCUGGGACAGGAGAGACUCCCCUGUGACUACCCCUUGGCCGUCCUCUGCGUGGAAGUCAACAGCUCCACGUUCUUGUCGAGAAGACGACGGGCCAGAACUGAUUCUGAGCGACUACCCAGCGCUGCGGAGUCUACCUGAUUAAACUGAUAACAGACAAUAACGAAGAAGCCUGCCAUUUGAUGUAUAUAAACGUCUUAUUUUGUAUGUUCAUGUGUGAAUCUUUUUGUACUCAUAGAUUAGUUCGAUUGUUAUAAAUGUGCUGGGUCAACAUUAUAGGCUUUCCAAGGGUACGGGGUGGAAAUGUUCAAGAUUACAGCAUGUUGAGAGCGAAUGUUGAACUGGUAAACUUAGAAUUGAAUGUGUCCAAAGCUGUGAUUCGGUGUGAAUUUGGAACUUUUCUAAUCAAAGGUGCUGCUUUUAGGAGUAACAAUUUUUUGAACACCAGUAAGGCAGUAGUUCCACGACCGUAGGGUGGUUGUGUUUUUGUUCAACGUCUUGGCUCAAAUGAAGCUUUAUGCGUGUUUUGAUGGAGGGCUUAAGUUUAAGCCGUACUCUAUUAAUAUUGUGUUAUCUUUAAUUUAAUCCCUAAUUAUAUAAGAUAAAUAAAUUAAAUAACAACACUAUAGAAGACAAAAAAUUAUAAUAAACACUGAUAAACGUGAAUAAUUUGUAAAAUUGGCAUUACAUUUAAAUUGCUAGUGGAAAUGUGAUAUUCUUCAAAGGUUUUAUUAUAUUGCUAUAUUGAUCCUUAAAAAAAGUAACAUUGUGACUCAAAAUAUCUAGAUAGUAUUUAUUUAUCUUAAUAUAUGUUCCAUAUAUUAUCUGAUGGUUAUUCUUGUGAUUAUUGUGGUUAAUAGUAUUAAUUUUUCUUAAUUAUAGGUUAAUUUAAGUAUAUAUUAAAGUUUUUAUAUGUUUUUGUAUUAAAACGUUGUAUUAGAACUAUUUAUCCUUGUAAUUAAAGGGACGGUUUAGCCUCAUUGUAUAAGAAUAUCAAAAUACUGUAUUUAAUUUAGGUGAAAGAGCCUGAUGUUAUUUAUUUUUGCUUCGAUCUGUUUUAAUUACCUUAUUGGUAAAAGUUAUGGAGUAGUGGAAAACAUAUAUUAUAAAAAUUUUAAGCGUUAGCGAGUAAUAAGACAAAUUUAUU